AACAUAUUUUGCUUAACUCAACAUACUAUUAUUUCAACAUGCAAUCAGUAUAAAAAUUAUUGAGAUAUUUUACGCUACCUUUUCCAUACUAAGUCUUUCAUAUCCUCUGUGUGUUUUACACUGACUUCAUAUUCCAAAUUAGAUGCUAAAUUCUUAACGGAAAUAUUUGAUCCAGAUUUAGAUGUCAUUAAACUUACUUGAAAUUGUCAUUCACGUGCCCAAGUUGUUCCAAACAUACUUAAAAGUUUUCCAAUUACUGAAUCAAGUGUUGGUUUUUUAAAUUUAAAUGACUUAUAAAUGAAAGAAAAUAAGCAAUUCAGUUCCUUACAUUCACUAGCCACAUUUCCAGGGCUCCACGUGUAGCUAGCAGCUAUUGUAACAGGCAGCUCAGAUACAGAACAUCACAUCGUCAUAGAAGGUUCUAGUGGAGAAUUCUGGCUUAAAGAAUAAAGCCCAAACUCCUCUGAAGGGCAGGCUUUCAACAUUUUCUAAAACCCGUCCCCGACCUGUCUAGAUGAUUUAUUGACUUGACUUGUACACGUGUUUGUUUCCCAGCGCAUGUGUCUCCACUUUGAAAUGCCCUUUCUUCCUUGCCCUUAGAGACACCGCUUUGGGGCUCUCAGUCAAGGCAGGGCUUCCUUGCAGGGGUCUCUCUUCUGUCCUGCACAGAAUUCACUGCCACCUCUGCCUCCCGCGGGCUCUGGGAAAGGAGCCUGAGGGUGUGGGAAGGGGUGGCAGGCCUGGCCGAGCCCCUGGAUCACAGCAUCCUGCCCUCGGCUCUCUUUCCCGAUUCUCCCGAGACAGGCUUGAACGGGCCUUCCAAAGCAGUGUCCAUCCUGCCCUGUUGGAAAGCCAGAGCCACACACAAAGGAAGGCCCUGUGUCCUCUGGAGCUGCCGCACAGCUGGCGGAUAAGAACUGGGGACAGGAACACACCCUGGGUACAGGCGGUGGAAUUCUACACAGGCACCGGCUUUGCCAGGGGAAAAAAAAAACAACCCUUUUUUUGCCCUCACAAGAAAAAUAUGUGCCUGUCUGCUCUUGUACUCACUUUUUUCUUUGCAAAAUUUUAUUUAAAAAAAUUCUAAAAUUUACAAACACCCUAACCACCAAGCAACAACAUUCCUACCCUCUGUGCCCCAGGCCCUGGUAAUCUCUAACCUACAUUCAGUCUCUGUGAAUUUGCUUUUCCUUGCUAGUUCAUGUAAGUGGAAUCAUACAGAAUGCGUGACCUUUUGCGUCUGGCUUAUUUCACUGGGCACGAUGUUUUCCAGGUUCAUCCAUUUGCAGCAUGUCUUGGAGCAUCAUUCCUUUUUACGGCUGAAUAAUAUUCCAUUACGUGGAUAGAGCACAUUUCGUGUAUCCAUCCAUCUGUUGAUGGACCCUUGUGUUGUUUCUGCUUUUAGGCAAUUGCAAAUAAUGCUGCUAUGAACAUCGGUGUGCAAGUUUUUGUGGGAACACCUAUUUUUGGUUUCUUUGGUAUAUACCUGGGAGAAGAAUCACCGGGUCCUACAGGAAUCCUGUGUUUAACCGUUUCCUACAGUGGCUGUCCCAUUUCACAUCUCAUCUCAUGCUCACUUUUCAAGAUGGGAACUGGUGUACGUGUUUACUUUUCUUAAACCGUAAUGGACUUAGGGAAAAAAACCACAGAUCUUAAUUGUACAACUCAAAUUUUUACAAAGGGAGCAAACACAGCCAGUUCCCUGAUAAACAGAGCUCGAGCAGCCCCCCAGGACUCCCCUCACACCCCUUCAAGACUCUCCUUCCACUUACCUGACCUCUAGCCCCAUGGAUUCAUUUUGCCAAUUUCUGAACUUUAUGUAAAUGUCGUCGUACAGUGUGUGGGUUUGGUUUUUUCCUUCUCCUGAAACAGUUCCUGAAAACCACAGUGGUUUAAGAAAAAAAAAGGGAACACCGGAUGUGAAAAACAAGUCAUGGUUGAGGUUGGAGUGGUUGGAGGUGUGGAGACCCUUGGAUUUGGCUUCGGUUGAUGUUUCCUCUUGAAUUUUCUAGGUUUUGAUGAUUAUUGGUCAUCAUUACCUACGUUUUUCCUUAUUUAGGAAAUCCACUGUCAAGGUGAUCGUUCUUGGGUCUUGAAGGGACACUGAGGGGCCACUGAGCUUCUCUUCUGGCUUCGGGGCAGGACAGGGACACCAUUUAUCUCCUCAGAUUUUCUGUUUGGUAGAAAAUUAAAGAUUGGGGGAAAACAGAGAGAGAGGGAGGUGUUGAUGGAAAGGCUGACCCUGAUGCCUUCUGUUUUCGCCUCAGGUGACAUGUCGGCUCCAGGACCCUACCAGGCGGCCGCCGGCCCCUCCUCCGUGCCAUCCGCGCCCCCGUCCUACGAGGAGACGGUGGGCGUUAACAGCUACUUCCCUGCGCCCGGGCCGACCACGGGGCUGGUGUCGGGCCCCGACGGGAAGGGCAUGAACGCUCCUGUCUACUACACCCAGCCAGUGCCCGUCCCCAACGCCAACGCCAUUGCCGUGCAGACCGUGUUUGUCCAGCAGCCCGUCUCCUUCUUCGACCGCCCGGUCCAGAUGUGCUGUCCGUCCUGCAACAAGAUGAUCGUGACGCGGCUGUCCUACACCGCCGGCGCGCUCACCUGGCUGUCCUGUGGGAGCCUGUGCCUGCUGGGGUGUGUCGCGGGCUGCUGCUUCAUCCCCUUCUGUGUGGACGCCCUGCAGGACGUGGACCACUACUGUCCCAACUGCAAAGCUCUCCUGGGCACCUAUAAGCGUUUGUAGGACUCGGCUUCCCGAAUGCUCACCCAGCCCCACCCUCACGGAGGUGCUGCCUCGGUGGUCCCAUCUCUCCGGGGUUCCACCAUCGUGUCUUUUAUUGGGAGAAGUAGCUCGCAAAAGUAACCAACCUCCAAACCCCAGAAAUUGCUGCUUGGAGACAUGUGCACGACAUGCAGAGACCAUCACCUAUGAGUGUUGGUUCAAGGGUUUCCCACCCGCCAUCCAUGACCCCAUGUCAUGCCAUCUAACUGUGAUCGUUGCCCUCUCUGGUGAUUUGCCAUUGGCUGGCUCCUUUUCCUGCCUCAGUGGGCCCUUCUGGUGGCGGUCUCAAGCUGAGAAGCCACAGAUUGCCUUAUUUCGGGGACUGUCCUGGCCCGAAUUAGGUUGGACUGGCCUUUAGUGCCUCCCACCUUCUCCGUCCCGCCCCACCCCCGAUGAUGAAAAUCUUGCCUUAUAGACUUUAAGGGCUUGGCCCCCCAUUGCAGUCUUUUCAUUAGCACACAAAUUCACUUUAAUUUUUUAAAUUCUUUUUUAAGUACGGGGGAGGGGUACUUUUAUUACCCACCAGACACAUAGCCACGAGGUCUUGAAUACAGAUUAGCAAAAGAGGGCUGGAUCUAACAUAGGUCUGCCUUUCUUUGGUUCUACAUAUCAGAGCCUCAGCACCACUGUACGUGAGAGCUUUUUACUCAUACAGGAUUUGGGUGUAUUAAUAGUUUUUAUGACCUCCUUUGGUCUUAAACACCUCUGAACAUAAUUUUGAAAGGAGGGUUUUAUAGAAGUACUUUCCAUAAUCAUGUGACUGAUAACCAGUUUUGCCUUUGCCAAUGCAUUCUCACUUCUUGUAUUUUAACUACAACAAGUAAUUUUAUCUACUGGCUUCAAUUGGUUCUUAACCUCUAUAGUGGAAUUCCCAAAGUGGAGCCUCUUUUGGGCUCCUGGGGGUGUGUUUGGAAAGAUAAGGGAAAAGUGUGUUUGAGUUUGGUCGGGGCACUAGGGUACUGGAAAGCUUGGGGACCCGGCCUGUUUCAGAGGAAUCUCAAGCCUGAUUUUAUUUUUCAGAAAUGCAAUUUGUUGCAUAACAUUGGAAGGCUUGGUUUCUGGGACUCAAGCAGCUAACCAGUGUUCUGGGUUAACUGCCCUGUCAUCUUUGAAAUCAAGACACCACCGGGUUCAACUUUCAAGAGUCCCCGUUUUGAUAGCACAUUGGCACAGGGAACACAUGUGAAUAAUAUUAUGUAGAAAUCAAGCCUAGGCCUUCAAUGAAAUCUGUAUAUUGGUUAAAACUUGUAGUCCUAAUCAUUGAUCCAGCUUAUUCAUUUGAUGUUUUGAAAAUUCCAGUUAUUAUUUUUGCAGUGAAUAUGGAUACCACACAGAACGUUGGUUUUGUCUGCUUUUAAAAAAUAAAGCCCUUGGUUCACUUGGUGAACAAUUUAACAGUCCUUAGAGUGUGAAGAAAGGUCUCCUGUCAUGUUUCCAGCCGUUGCUACAAAGAACCUUUAUUUGCUCCAUAACGGUAGAAAAUCCUUCGUGAUAAAGACUUCAUGCUUGCUGAAUAUCCCGUGCUGUCUUGAUGACCGAUGUUGAGUUGGGUGGCUUGCUAACGAAUCAGAUUGAACAUCAGGUUAUUGGAACCCAAUAGGCUUCGUCGAUGGCAGCAGGCCAUAGCUGUCAAGUUUUCAUAAAAUGCACAGAAGAAAGCCGUCCUCAUUCAUUCCCUGAACAAAACAGGCUUUGUUAAUUGAUCCGGGUGGUUGUGAGAUCCUAGAAGGAGGACGUUGAACUCGCCGGGAAUAUGAAUGCCAUCCCACAUUUCCUACCUGCUGAUAGAGCUUCAUUUUGGAAGGUGCAGGAAAAAUAAUGUUGUCUUGGUGAGGCUUACAUUGUCAUUUAAACCCUAAUUUAUGGUCUUGAAAAAUUGCUGCUUAUUGAGUCCUGGUCGUAUGUUUCUCUUUCAUUUGGCAAGAUCCAAGGCCAUGCAUAUUGAGCAGUUUCACACUGAGGGUAGUAUGAAAACGGUCACAGGCUGUUAUUAAUUACAUAUGCAAAGUCUUCAAAACAAGAGCCUUAUUUCAAGGGAUGGGAAAUACAUAAUAUCUGGAACUUAAAAAAACACAACAAUUAUCAGAUGCCUGGGGUAUGCAGCCUUGGUUGGACAUUCAUUUAUUGUAUUGUUCAAAGUACAGGCUCACUCGUAUCUUUUACGAAUGGAAAAGGCCCUUUUGUUCUGCCGCUGCUUGUUGGGGACUUUGGCUUAAGUCUUUUGCAAACACUGACUCACAUUCAGUUGCUGAGAGAAAGGACUUUAUUAUACGUACUUGUACCUCAAAGAAUUCCACCAAUUUCAAACCAAAAGUAGCUGUCUGUCUUACAUGCUGUUCUGGCUGUCUAGACGAGGUGGCCUUAUAUGUAAAUGUUGGUUUGUGUCUUGCUACCAGCAAAUAUUCGGUUAUCACAUUUAUUUAAGCCACUUUAAGCACGUGACUGAUUCUUUGCCGACCAAAUCAUUGCCUGUGAAGAUGUUUUCUCUGGGACAGCUGGCUUCCCACUAGCCCUGGAGACCACUUCUGUUACAUACUGAACUAUUUUUAAAUGUUGCUUCAUCACACGCACGCUGGCAUCGGUUUUGUCUUCAAAGAGAACCUCACCCUUAGGAAUAUUAAAACACUUCUCCGACCCUGUGGGCUGAGGAUCUUUGUUGGGAGUAAAUCGAGUUGUUGGAAUUUUACUUACAAAGUUCUGAUUUGCAUUUUGGAUCCUAUUAAAGCUAUCUCCUGCUUUUAUUACUCAAA